AUGCACAGACGCCAAGAAGUGAACGUCUUUUGUAAUGACUGCAUGAUUGCAGUCUGUCAGAUAUGUUUAGAACGAAACCAUGCCAAUCACUACACAAAGCUAGAAAACUGUUUAAAUGCUACGACUAAAGAACUUAAAAAUCCGUCUAUAGAUAAAUUCACGAUUGUUAGUUAA